GGAGCACGAGCCGCUGCCGUCCACAUCUGGAGACGCUUUCUCUCCUCAACUAACUUAAGUUAACUUCCAAUAAGCUCUGCACAGGAAUAGGACUCGUUUGUGAAGUAGCUUUUUUUUGUGCUUCAAGGUAUAUUUGGCUACCCUUAAUAGUAAGUAGUGAUUCUUAAAUCUAAUCUGGCCGUAUUCCGGACUCCCUGCGUUAGCUUCAGCAGUAUGAAUAAACAGUGAGUGUGACUCGGAGGGUUCAUAGCCUACGUUGUGUAGCGAAGUGUAAACUUUGUUGUUGUCCUGCCAAAAGCUGUUUAAUACGCUAACUUCACGAUGCUCUGAGAUACCACAAAGCGAGCCGUGGGCAAAGUAAAUGUCUUGAGUUGACCAGGACGAACUGAGAGUGCCAUAGUCCCAACGUUUCUGAUUCAUUCAGGUUUCUACUAGAACAACGUGUUAUGUGUUCUCCACAUUUCCACUUCUUAUUUGUUACUAUCUGCAGCAUAUGAGACUCUGUUCAACAACUUGCUGCUAAAUAGUCCAUCCCAUCGCUGAUGAGGACAUGAACCGUAUGGACUCCUGUCUCCGAUCCGUGAUGGAGUGAUGGCGUUUUAUUUCCCAGCAGCAUUGACACAACAUUUGGACAAAAAAAAGUCAUUUCGGAGCUAAAGGCUGGGAUAUGGCACACAACGAGGCUCCAUACUGAAGUGUUUAAGUUAGACCGAGGGGAAAUUUAAAAGCCCUAAAAAUACAGCGCUGUUUUUUCCCCCUACAAAGAAUCAUUUGAACUUCCCACCGCAGACCGAGAGCGACAUAAAUAGUUCUGACAUGUGGAUGUAAUUUCAGAAGAAGAAAAAAAGAGACAGAUGCAGAGAAAUAGAGUGAGCACAAUCUGAGGGUAUAGAUUAGAGGGGGGAAAUUUGAGGGCCAAAGUAGAGAUUAUAGAGUUAUGAUUUCACAAGCCACUAUCGGCAUCAAGAGGCCAGAUGCAGGGGACAUGCCUCGUGCCAGUCUGAAGAUAGUUAAGUAGAUUCAUUCGUUUUGAUCUCGCCACCAUCGCCGUUUGUUUUGAGCCCUGAAUCGACUGUUGGAGUUCACAGUAGAGCCUCAAGUCAGGCAUGGGAUCCAAUCUCCUGCUCCACAAUUUGGACUUUCUGCUCAUCUCACUACUCGGCAGUAUGUGUCUGGUGUAUGCAGAUGACGUGCUCACCAAAGAUGAACAGAUAGGCCUCUUGUUCAAAGCCAAGCGUAUGUGCGAGGGAAACAUCAUUUCAAAGCAAAUCUUUCCAGAUGGCUUCUGCUCACCGGAGUGGGAUGGUAUUGUUUGCUGGCCUGAGGGGGCUCCAGGAGAGCUUGUUUCCACGGCAUGUCCAGAGUACAUCCAUGACUUCAACCACCAAGGACUAGCAUACCGUCGCUGUGACAACAAUGGGACAUGGGAGCUGGCCGCCACCAAUAACAAGACCUGGGCCAAUUAUAGUGAAUGUGCAAAAUUCUUCCCUCACUACAACCACAACCAUGAGAAGGAGGUCUUCCAUCGCUUGUACAUCAUCUACACCGUGGGCUACUCCAUCUCUCUGGGCUCCCUCAUGGUGGCUGUGGGAAUACUGGGAUAUUUCCGGCGCCUGCACUGCACCCGCAACUACAUCCACAUGCACCUGUUUGUGUCCUUCAUGCUGAGGGCCAUCAGCAUCUUCGUGAAGGACGUGGUGCUGUACUCGGGCUCCGCCAUGGAGGACAUGGAGAGGGUCACCGUGGAGGACCUCAAGUCCAUCACCGAGGCCCCGCCCGCAGACAAAACACAGUUUAUUGGAUGCAAGGUGGUGGUGACAGUGUUCCUCUACUUCCUGGCCACUAACUACUACUGGAUCCUUGUGGAGGGCCUGUACCUCCACAGCCUCAUCUUCAUGACCUUCUUCUCAGACAGGAAGUAUCUGUGGGGAUUCACUCUUAUUGGCUGGGGGGUGCCUGCCAUGUUUGUGACGGUGUGGGCGAGUGUAAGAGCCACCCUGGCCGACACAGAGUGCUGGGAUCUAAGUGCAGGCAACCUGACGGGGAUCUUUCAGAUUCCUAUCCUAACUGCCAUCGUGGUCAAUUUUGUUUUAUUCCUGAACAUAAUCAGAGUCUUGGCGACUAAACUGCGAGAGACGAAUGCAGGGAGAUGUGACACGCGCCAGCAGUACAGGAAAUUGUUAAAGUCCACCUUGGUUCUGAUGCCGUUGUUCGGUGUGCACUACAUUGUGUUCAUGGCCAUGCCGUACACUGACGUCUCUGGGAUUCCUUGGCAGAUCCAGAUGCACUAUGAGCUGCUGUUCAACUCCUUCCAGGGAUUCUUUGUUGCAAUCAUCUAUUGCUUCUGCAACGGGGAGGUGCAGGCCGAGAUCAAGAAGGCCUGGAACCGCCGCACCCUGGCGCUGGACUUCAAGAGGAAGGCCCGCAGCGGCAGCAACACGUACAGCUACGGGCCCAUGGUGUCGCACACCAGUGUCACCAACGUCACGGCCCGGGGGCCCCUGGCUCUGCACCUCACCACCAGGCUGGGCCCCGGGCCCGUCAACGGCCACCGGACCCUGCCGGGCUACGUGAAGAACGGCUCGGUGUCGGAGAACUCCCUGCCCUCCUCGGGCCAGGAGCUCCACGUCCCGGAGGAGGAGGCCGGCAGCGAGGCGCGGCCCUGUGAGGAGGAGGAGGAGAAGCCCGCUCCCCUGGUGGAGGAGGAGAGGGAGACGGUCAUGUGACCACCUGCACCGGCUCCUCCUCCUCCUCCUGCUC